AAAAUGUCUAAGCAGAAAAAAAGAAGUGUUCAUUUUCAUUCUAGGAUCGAAUGUGGAGAAAAACACGCAAGCCAAGCCCGAAGAAUAAGAGAUGCAUUGGAGUUGAUGCAAACCGAAACUUUGAUAGCCAUCAUGGAGAGGUUGGCGCUUCAACGGACCCUUGUUCAGAGACAUACGCUGGUCCUUCGCCAUUUUCAGAGCCAGAAACACUUGCUUUGUCCAAAUUCAUCAAAUCUUUUGAUAACAUUAAGCUGUACCUUUCAUUCCAUUCGUAUAGUCAACUUUUCCUCUUCCCAUACGGAUACACAAAACAACACGCGAAAAAUCAUAAGGAUUUGAAUCAAAUCGGACAGAAAACAAAACAAGCCAUCGCCAAAAGAUACGGCACACAAUACAAAGUCGGAAACAUUGCCGAAGCAAUCUAUAUUGCUCCUGGAGGUUCCAUUGAUUGGGUAUAUGACAGUCUGAAUGUACCUAUCACAUACUUUUUUGAGUUCCGAGACACAGGCCGCUAUGGAUUCGUUCUUCCAGCAAACCAGAUUAUUCCCAACUCACUGGAAGUUAUCGAUGGUCUAAAGGCUAUGAUUAAAGAGGCGAAGUCACUUAAAUACGUAUGA